UUGGGGGCGCAGAAAUUCCACAUCAAACUCGGGGUGCCCUCCCCGGGGGGGGCCAGCGAGACCCUGCUGCGCUGCCGUGAUGCCCCCCAAUUCUCCCGCUGGCUCUGCGGCCUCCAGGCGGCCUCGGGGUGGGGGUCCCCAUCAUCUGGGGGGGGGUCCCCAUUAUUGGCAGGGGGGUCCCCAUCACCCGCGGCGCUGCGGGGCGCAGAUCCGGGGGGUCCUGGGGGUCCUGGGGGUGCAGCCGGAUGGGGGGGACCCCCCCGGGACCCCCGCCCGGGCCCCCCCGGACCCGCGGCUGCUGCUGCCCCCCCGGCUCCAGCGCAGGAUCAAAGGCAAGGAGUUCCCCCAGCUCCUCCUCCGGGUUUUGCUCCGGGAGGGGCCCCUGAGCCCCCCCCAGGCCCGGCUGCGCUUCCUGCAGGCCUGGAGGGCCCUGCCCGACUUCGGCCUCGGAGUCUUCAUCGUGCGGUUCCAGGGCGCCCCCCGGGACGAGGCUCUCGCCGUGGGGCUCUCGCGGCUGCUGCGGCUCCCGCUGGGCUCGGGCGGCGCCGCCCGGAGCUGGAGCCAGAGGGAGCUGAGACAGUGGGACGUGAACUGGGACAGCGGGCAGGUGCGGCUGUGGCUCAGCGGUGACGUCACGCUGGGGCUGCGCGUGCUCUCCGCCCCCCCCCGCGUCCUGCACCAGUUCCUGGGGGGGGGCCCUGGCCCUGGGGGGGCCCCCCCGCGACCCCCGCGAGCUGCAGCGGCUCCUGGAGGGGGGGCUGGACCCCUGAGACCCCCCCGGGGCUGGCACCCGACAUUUGUCACCGUCAGUGUCCCCGAAUUGUCACCCCCGACCCCCCCCACACACACAAAAACUCAACAGCACCCGGUGCUCGGUGUUUGA